CUCAAAAAUGGCCAUUGUGAGUGGUAGUGUGCCAACAAAUGUUCCCGACAUGGAUCAUCGCAGCCGAGGCGGAAGACGAGCAAGGUGCGUCAUCUUCACCAUCUCCGAACUUGAAUAACUGGUUGCAUCCCAAGCUGUGUCAACAAGUCAAGAAGAUUGCUGGACAUCCUGAACAAAUUGGAACCGAAAAAGACGAAGAUAGGAUACGAAGGAUCUUUCAUGAACAGCUUGGAUUUGACGUUUGUGUGUAUGAAAACUUCAAAAGCGAGGAGUUUCUCAAAAAGCUUGAAGAGCUGGCUGGCGAGGAUCACUCACGUACAUACUGCAUCUGCGUGUUCCUGUUGAACCAUGGGAACGAUGAUGCCAUAAUCUGCUCAGACGCCAAAGAAAUUCAACUGUCCAAAGUGUAUGCUACGUUCGGCAGAAGGAACUGUGAAGAUCUGGUUGAGCAACCUAAAUUGUUUUUCGUUCAGAGAAGCUUUGCAGAAAGGAGCAAGUCUGACAAAGCAGACAGACAGAGACAGCUGACACAAAGACAGCUGACAGAGUUCUUGGUAGUGAACCUAAAAUCAUCACAUCUGGUCCGCCGCCUGAUUUUGCAAGGCGUCAACCCGGACAUCGUGGAGUUUGCGAUACGCGCAAGACUUAACAGAACGGGGUUGGUAGACGUGCUCGACGAGCAAGACCUACACAGGGCGCUAGGUGAAGUCGUGUCCUUACCACAAAACGUCAGAACAAGGGAAGUUCCAAAAGCAGAGAGAGGUGACUUGAGCAAGUGCAUCAUCUGCAAGACGGGAGACAGACAAAUCAUUUUCCUUCCAUGCAGUCAUCUUGUCUCCUGCACUGGAUGUGCCGCAUCCUGCACCGUCUGUCCCUCAUGCGAGCGCAAGGUCGCAACCACGAGGGAGGUUUCCUUGGCCUGAAAACAUGGAAAACCGGCCGGUGUCAAUUAGUAGUACUAGUUGCAAAUUACCUGAACACGUUCUUGUUGUCUACAUACAGAAGUUCUUAAGUGACCACAAUGUUUUGUCCAAAUAUCAGCAUGGCUUUAGAAAAAAUAUGUCAACUGUCACUCAGCUUGUGGAUGUUGUACAUGAAUUUCCCAGUGUAUUAGACAAAUGUGGUCAAUUAGAUGUGUUGUUCUUGGAUUUUUGCAAAGCCUUCGACAAAGUCCCACAUGGAAAGUUGUUAUAUCGUUUGGAAAGCUUAGGGCUCCCUGCAUUUGUUGUGAGAUGGAUCCAAACAUACCUCAAUGACGGGCAACAGUUUGUAGAAAUUAGUAAUCGUCCUUCAGGCAUGUGUGCUGUUAGUUCCGGUGUCCCUCAGGGAAGCGUAUUGGGACCGUUGUUGUUCUUAAUUUAUAUCAAUGAUAUUGUUACUGUGAUUCCAGAAGGUGUUUCAAUAAGGCUAUUUGCAGAUGAUUGUGUGAUUUUUAAGGGGGUCACGAGCCAUGCCGAUCAUUUAUUAUUACAGAAUUCUAUGGUCGCAGUUUUAGAAUGGUGUAGCCAAUGGGGAAUGAAGAUUAAUUUGGAUAAGACAGUACUGAUGCGACUUACAAGAGAAAAGUUACCGAGUGUGUUCCCAUAUUUGCUUGGGAGUCAAGAAAUAUCCCAAGUACAGAAGAAUAAAUACUUGGGGGUGACAAUCAAUAGUAGACUAACGUGGUCUGAUCACAUUUCUGACACCUGUGCAUUAGCCCUGAAGAAAUUAGGAUUUAUACAAAGGAAACUUAAAUAUGCACCGGCACAAACAAAGCUACUCGCAUAUAACACAUUUGUUAGAUCAAAACUUGAAUAUGCAGCAGUAGUUUGGGACCCGUAUCAGAAAAGGGAUAUUACACUACUUGAGAGGGUACAGAGAAGAGCCAUAAGAUUCAUUUUUGGGAAAUACAGAAGAACUGACUUACCUAGUAAGCUGAUGCAGGUAAACAACAUUCAGACACUUGAACUGCGCCGAAAAAUUAGUCGGAUAUUAUUUCUUCGUAAGGGUCUGCUGGGAAAUGUCGCAUUAAAUUUACCAAAUUCUCUGAAACCGUCAUUGUUGAGAAGAACACUACACAGUCAGCGGGAACAAAUGCUAGCACAAAUUUUUGCAAGAACUAAUGCAUUUAAAUAUAGUUUCUUUCCUCGAACAAUAGAAGAUUGGAACUCAUUGCCCGGAAGUGUUUUCGAGUCAGGUAAUUUUAUAAGUAACGUGGAGCAAUUUUAUUUUUGUUCUCAAUAGAAUGCCUUGUGGUGUUGAUUUAAUAGAUAUAGUGUAUGAUCGUGUUUUGAUGGGUCAAUUUACUGAGCUCUGUUUUGUUGUCCAUUGUUGAGUAUGUGUCAAACAUGUAUGCCACUCCUGUUUGGGCCACAUAUUGGCUUACAGUAUUAAUAAAUAAAUAAAAUAAAAAUAAAAGUGA